UCUACGUCAAAAUGUCUCAAAACGACACGAGCGAUGAUGAAACUGUUUUGCGAACACCGAUGUUUCUCAGAAAAGGAUCACGGUGCAGUUGUGCAACAAUAGGAACCCCAUCAUCUCUGACCAGUUCGAUAAUAUUCGGUCAGAUUCCGGAAGAGGUACUUCGUGCUUGGAGUCAACUACCAGAAGAAGUACGUUUGGAUCCUAGCUUGGCUGUUUUUCAAAGGGAAUACGAUCGAGUAAAUGCGGGAAAGUCCUCGGAUGGAAUAAAAAAAGAUUGUUUGGUAGUUAACAUGUCUGUUGGUAAUCACACCACACAUCCUCAGAAAAUGCAACAUGACGAGACUGGCGAUGAAGAUGGACAUCAAGAUAUAAUGCAAGGAACUAAUGCAACUAAACAGAAACCAUUUUAUCGGUACAUGAAGUUCAUAUUAUUGUGUUGUUGCUGGCUCUUAUUUACUUUGCUGCUGAUGUUCAAGAGCGAGAAGAUCGAAAAAAUGCAUCACAUCUCGGUGCCCAAAGACAAAAUAAGAAAUUACAGAAUGUACGGUGACGUCACUGGCAAACGAAUUAGCGUAACGGUAGAAGGUUCGUUAAUUCCACCAGUUAAAUCAGCACAUUACAGUAAUGUAUCUGAGAGAUAUCUAAUGCUGUGGUUAGAACUACAGAUUUACGAAGCAAAUGGUACUGAUUCUAAACAAUUUAAGAACAUAAGCGACGUAUGGAUGUUACCGAUUCUUCCGGAAAGUCUAAUGGAUGUAUUUCCUGGACAAAGGCAUCAAAAAUAUUUCGUUUUGGGAAACAUUAGCGAAACGGAAUUAGGACACAGUGUGGUAUCAAUGAACUUGAAAACAAAUUUGGAAUCCAGCUUUGCAGUCUCCAUGUCUUACGAUUUGUCAUUGUUAAAUAAAACAAACGGUCUGAUAUAUGCCGCGAUGAUUUUACUCGGAUUGUACAUCUUAAUAAUAUUCGAGAUCGUGCACAGAACCUUGGCAGCCAUGUUAGCGUCCACCAUGUCCAUCGCAGUGCUAGCAGCUGUAAACGAGAGACCAACUAUGAGUGAAAUGAUUUCGUGGAUAGAUGUCGACACGUUGCUAUUGUUAUUUUCUAUGAUGAUACUUGUUGCUGUUGUCGCUGAAACGGGUAUAUUUGACUGGCUUGCGGUCUACGCUUUUAAGAUAACUGGAGGAAAGCUGUGGCCACUCGUGAACACGUUAUGUUUCUUCACAAUGUUCAUCUCCGCCUUCUUAGACAACGUUACAACGGUACUUUUAAUGACACCAGUAACUAUCAGAUUAUGCGAAGUGAUGGAGUUAAAUCCAGUGCCAAUAUUGACGACGAUGGUCGUUUAUUCUAAUAUCGGUGGUGCUAUGACGCCAGUAGGCGAUCCACCCAACGUGAUUAUUACAUCGAAUCAUGAUGUUAUACAAAAUGGCGUCGAUUUUAGUAUCUUCACAAUGCACAUGAGCAUCGGUGUUGUAUUAGUAACAAUCGUAGUCUAUGCACAGCUACGGUUUAUUUUUCGAGACGUGGCUGUUCUUAGAUUCGACGAACCGCAAGAUGUACAGGAAUUAAGGCACGAAAUCGCCAUUUGGCAAAGGGCUGCAGCAAGUUUGUCGAGUUACAGUAAAGAUGAAAAUUUAGUGAGAGAAACGUUGCUGAAGAAAGUUAAACGUUUACUCUCGCAAUUAAAGAAGAAGUUACUAACGGGUAGCGUAGCACUCGAAAGAUAUAAAACUACCCUCGAGGAACUUCAAGAAAGAUAUCCUAUUAGGGACAAAUGGUUACUAGUCAAAUCUGGGUUCACGUUAACAUUCGUGAUCACCUUGUUCUUUUUACACAGUCUCCCCAAUCUGCAUUUAUCGCUAGGUUGGACCGCUUUGGUCGGCGUUCUUUUAUUAUUAAUCGUAGCGGAUAGCGAAGAUCUGGAUGGUCUUAUGGCACGAGUAGAGUGGAGCACUUUGUUAUUUUUUGCAUCGUUAUUUAUUCUAAUGGAGGCUCUUUCGCGUUUGGGUCUCAUCGAUUGGAUAGGAAAGCAAACCGAAAGUGUUAUCCUAUCUGUGAACGAGGAAUCGCGAUUGGCAGUAGCUAUAUUACUGCUACUUUGGGUGUCUGCAUUUGCAAGUGCAUUCGUUGAUAAUGUACCUUUAUCAACAAUGAUGAUUAGAAUCGUAAUUAAUCUAGCACAGAACGACGAUCUUGGAUUGCCAUUGCAACCCUUGAUAUGGGCUUUAGCCUUUGGCGCCUGCAUGGGAGGAAAUGGAACUCUGAUUGGAGCUACUUCUAACGUAGUUUGCGCAGGAGUUGCUGAGCAACAUGGAUACAGAUUUACAUUUAUGCAAUUCUUCAAGGUGGGCUUUCCAGUUAUGCUGACAAGUUCAAUGACAGUAACCGUAUACCUAAUAAUCGCCCACGUCGUUUUCAAGUGGAAUGGAAAUUAAUUGUUGGAAGUUACAACCCGUACUUUCAGUAAAAAAUUAUUAGUAUUAUACUAUUUAAUUUACAAUACACAAUUGUACAGUAUGUAA